AGGUAUUUUGCUCAGGCGAUAUCCUCGGAUGCCUGGAUUUGACUUAACAAGGAGGAGCUUUGGGUCCUUCAAUCUCUCUUUCCGCCGUACCCGCCAUCUUGUGAGCGAACGGGGUAAUCGGGCAUCAUGACGAACACCAGAGGCAAGAGGAGGGGAACGCGGUAUAUGUUCAGCCGGCAAUUCCGCAAACAUGGACCCAUUCCUCUAUCCACCUACAUGCGCAUCUACAAGAAGAAUGACAUUGUUGAUAUCAAGGGCACAGGUACCAUUCAGAAAGGAAUGCCUCAUAAGUGCUACCACGGUAAGACUGGUAGAAUCUACAAUGUAACCCAACAUGCUGUCGGCGUCAUCGUCAACAAGCAGAUCAAGGGUAAGAUCCUGGCCAAGAAGAUCAACGUGCGCAUUGAGCAUGUGAAGCACUCUAAGAGCAGGGACAGCUUCCUGCAGCGCGUCAAGGCCAAUGAGAAGAAGAAGAUUGAUGCCAAGGAGAAGGGCACCUGGGUGGAACUCAAACGUCAGCCUGCCACGCCCCGUGAGGCUCACUUUGUCAGCACCAAGAACAACUCUCCUGUGCUGCUGGAGCCCAUCCCCUACGAGUUCAUGGCAUAAGCUGAGCCCAAUAAAGACGUUUGUACUCAG